AGAAUUCUCUCUUUGGACCUAUAUAUCCGUCUAUCUAUCUAUAGUGUGGGAUGCUCAAAACCCAAGUAUACACAUCUUAGCUAGUACAAAUAUGAACUGUUUCUAAUCUUCCUGGUUACUCUAGUGCAGCAAGCUAUACAUUUGCGAACUUAAGAAGAAGUUAGCUACAUCAGUCAAAAUGAGCAUGAUAGUUACCAAGUUUGGUCCAUGGGGAGGACCAGGCGGAGAUUAUAGAGACGUUCAGGUGGCUCCUUAUCGGCUCGUUCGCCUAACAAUCCGCAGCGGAGACACCGUCGACGGGAUCUCCUUCACCUACAUCGGCAACGAUGGUCUCGUGUACCACAUGGGUCAUUGGGGUUCCGAUGGUGGUGUUCCGCAUGAGAUUCAUCUCGGCCUUAUGGACUUUGUGAUGGAAAUCUCUGGCACAACGGGCAUGUGGGUCAGUGGAAUGAGUAACGUCCUACGAUCACUCAAGAUCACCACCUUGAAAAGGACUUAUGGGCCAUACGGCAACCCUAAAGCUGGGAUCCCUUUUAGCUUCUCAGUUGAUGGCAGUGAUCGGAUCACUGGCUUUUUCGUACGCGCUGGCUUUAUAACCGAUGCAAUUGGAGUCUAUGUUCGUCACUGCUAGAGUUUUAGGCUAGAAAAAAUACCCAUGCUUUACAACGGGUGAAGGUUAUUUUAUUGUUAUAUGAUUUAGUUAAGGUGAAAUUCACUGUGGGAAUUCACUUGGAUAUAUAUUUUUCUAAAAAAUCAUGAGCUGCAAUUAAGAGUCCGAUCAUCUUAAGUUAGUAUGUGAGUUUUUUUUAAGAAAUAUAUUAUACGACUCCUUCCGUAUUUCCAAAAGCGAACGGGCUUAAAACCCGACUCAAAUACGGAUCUAUAUUUUCAAAAUAAAAUGAACUUAAAAACCAACUCUAUAUAUAGAUGACAUACCAAAGCAAAAAUAUCUUCAAAUUUUAUAUUACUAUAGAUAAUGAAAUGAAUCUCGAUCUUUGCCGCACUGAAAAGCUACAGCCGCUGCUAGCUACAUAGUUAUCCACAUUUUCAAAGAUAAGUUUUUUACUCGAUUAAUUUCUCAGUGCCUCUAGCCGGGUGGGUGCCGGAAGUAGUUUCUACCCAUGUAGUGAUGUAGACAUACCAGCAUGCAAGGACAAUAUUGGUUCUCCAACAAUUAUAGUUCAAUAGAUUUAAGUGAAAUGUAAUAAACAGUGCGACAAUAUAUUAAGUGAAGUAUUGGAUUAGACAUAUUAGUCGUCAACCUGUGAGUUGCACAUGUGGAAAUAUUUAAAUCAAAUUGAAUCA